GUGGUGAGAGGGGUGGGAGAUCCAUAGCAAGCUCCUCCUGAAGACAGACUGUGAGCAUGAUGCACUCCAGUGUUCAUUCAGGACCCAGUCACCAACUUCUCACUCAGGUCCUAACUUCACAGAUUGGGGGAUGUUAAAAGGAUCAGUUAGAAGGAAAACUGCAAAGAUCCUGGUGCUCUCAGGAACCCUCUACGCUCUAUUGAAGGGCAGGGAACAUAUCUGAGAUCAACACUCAGCAAGGAACAAGCUGCUGACAUGGGGGCUGCCCUGCUGCUAACCAGCAAACACCCUGGGUUCAGUGCCACCUGGCUUGGAUUUUAAGUUCAAACUAGCCUGAGGAACAGUCUGAGAAAAGAAGCCGUGGAAGUGGCAGGAAACUGACCGCUGUGCCUCCCCCAUAGUGCAUCUUUUCCUAUGUAAAUGAUCGAAAAGUGAAACUACAGCUCAUGUAACAGGAACAUUGUUAAGGAUGCAAGAAUUCUGGAGAUAUGGCUUUGUCCUGAUGCCUGAAGAAGGAGAGAAAUUUUCACAUCAAAAAAUAAGAAAGUGACAUUCCAUCUAUCUAAGCCAUGGAUAAACUGCAGUACAUCCUCAUGAACCUCAGAGAUGUGCUGCGGACAAUCAGGAUGAAAGCCAAAUAUGCUCUCUUCUUAGUCUUAGUGGUGGUUCUGGUCAUAAUUGAGAAAGAAAACAAGAUCAUCUCAAAGGUAUCAGACAAACUUAUCCUCAAGCAAAUGCCACCAAACAUAUUUGAGAUCAACAGUACAGACUCCAAUAUUGUCUACUCAGAAAAUGGUUCCUUGCUGUCUCUUAGUGAGCUGGACUCUGCUUUUUCUCAGCUUAGGAAACAAUUGGUUAAUGUCACCCUACAACUUGGAGGAAGUAACCCAUUUCCUGCAGGCCUUCCAAAAAUGCCUCGUAGGCAUAUACUCCUGAUGGCUACCACACGCACAGGCUCAUCUUUUGUAGGCGAGUUCUUUAAUCAACAUGGAAAUAUGUUUUACUUGUUUGAACCCCUUUGGCACAUCGAAAGAACAGUGUCUUUUGAAUCUACUGGUGCCAAUGCAGUUGGUUCAGCAAUUGUUUACAGAGAUGUUCUUCAGCAACUUCUACUUUGUGAUCUACAUAUCUUGGAGAACUUUAUUUCACCACCUCCUGAAGACCAUCUUACAAGAUUCUUAUUUCGUAGAGGGUCUAGCAAGUCUUUAUGUGAAGACCCAGUUUGCACCCCUUUUGUGAAAAAAGCUUUUGAAAAGUAUCACUGCAAGACUCGCCGAUGUGGUCCUCUUAAUAUGACAUUAGCAAUGGAGGCAUGUUUGAAAAAAGAACAUGUGGCCAUUAAGGCAGUACGUAUCAGACAGCUAGGGUUCCUGCGCACUCUUGUUGAAGAUCCACGACUUGACAUGAGGAUAAUACAGUUAGUGCGUGACCCAAGAGCUGUACUGGCCUCUCGCAUGGUAGCUUUCUCUGGCAAAUAUGAGUCGUGGAAAAAAUGGGCCCUAGAAGGUGCAGCUCCCAUACAUGAAGAUGAAGUCCAAAAAUUAAGGGGCAACUGUGAGAGCAUUCGUUUAUCUGCAGAACUGGGCUUAAGUCAACCUGGUUGGCUUAGAGGUCGCUACAUGCUUAUGCGUUAUGAAGACAUUGCUAGAUCUCCUCUUGAAAAGGCCAAAGAAAUGUAUAGGUUUGCUGGGAUCACACUUACACCACAGGUAGAAGAGUGGAUCAUCAAGAAUACUCAAGCACCCCAAGACAGUAAUGGAAUCUAUUCUACUCAAAAGAAUUCUUCAGAACAGUUUGAGAAGUGGCGAUUUAGCAUACCAUUUAAAUUAGCCCAGGUAGUUCAGGAUGUGUGUGCACCAGCAAUGAAAGUUUUUGGCUACAAGCUGGCUAAUGACUUAGAGACACUCACAAAUCAAUCAAUCAGUUUGCUAGAAGAUAAGGUUAAUUUUUGGGUGACGUAG